AUGAUGUUUGGUGGUUAUGAGACUGUAGAAGCAUAUGAAGAUGACCUUUAUCGUGAAGAGACAUCUAGUGAACUGAGUGUUGAUAGUGAGGUGGAAUUUCAUCUCUACAGCCAAGUUCAUUAUGCUCAAGAUCUUGAUAAUAUCAUCAGGGAGGAGCAACAUGAAGAAAAGAACUCUGGGGAUUCUGAAUCCUUUAGUAGUAAGCAAAAUCAAAAGAACUUAAUUAUCCUUUCAGAUAGUGAGAUCAUCCAGGUAUCAGAUGGGUCAGAAGUUAUCACUUUGUCUGAUGAAGAUAGUAUUUAUAGAUGUAAAAGAAAGAAUUUUAAAGUGCAAGCAAAAGAUAAGACGAGAGGUUCUCCUGCUUCUCUUCAUUCUAAUGAGUUGGAUGGUAAGAAAUGCAAGAGGAAUAUUAAGAAGCCUAAACUUGAAGAAAAAUCAGGUAUGAUCCGAGAGGUUAUGGUUAUAGAAGUCAGUUCAAGUGAAGAGGAAGAGAGCACCAUUUCAGAAAGUGACAACGUGGAAAGCUGGAUGCUGCUGGGAUGUGGAGUCGAGGAUAAAGAUGAUGAUAUCCUUCUCAAUCUUGUGGGAUGUGAUAACUCUGUUAAUGAAGGAGAAGAUGGUGUAAACUGGUUCAUCAGUGACAAAGAUGUUGAGGCCCAGAUAUGUAAUAAUAGAUCAUCUGGAAGAUGGACCCACCGAUAUUACACAGCAAACAAAAACGUCACCUGUAGAAAUUGUGACAAAUGUGGCCAUUUGUCAAAAAAUUGCCCUUUUCCACAAAAACUCCGUGCCUGCUGCCUCUGCUCCGAGAGAGGACACCUCCAGUAUGCCUGCCCAGCUCGCUUUUGCUUCGACUGUGCUUUGCCUAUGUCUUCUACUCACAGAUGUCAUGGAAGACCUUCCUGGAAAAAACGAUGUGACCGAUGUGAUAUGCUAGGCCACUAUGCUGAUGCUUGCCCAGAAAUCUGGAGGCAGUAUCACCUAACGACUAAACCUGGACCACCCAAAAAGCCGAAGACUCCUUCUGGACAAUCAGCCUUAAUGUAUUGCUACAACUGUGGUCAAGAAGGCCAUUAUGGACAUGAAUGUAAAGAAAGGCGAAUGUUCAACCACACCUUUCCAACAUCUCCAUUCAUCUACUACUAUGAUGACAAAUAUGAAAUUCGGGAGCGAGAAUACAGAAUAAAACGAAAAGUAAAAGAACUCCAGAAAAAUGGGGAUUUCCCGAAGCAGUUCAAGAGGCCUCAUACGAAAGCAGCAAAUCAGAGGUCCCACCAUGACAUGAAGACGAGCCAGGCCUCCAGCAGAAACACAAGGUGGCCUCAAGAAAAGAAAGAAACCCGAAAGGAAACAACGAGCAGGCCCAACAGAGAGCGUGAGAAGCACAGGAAGAACCACGGGGGCCAUGCUGAGGAUGAGGACUUUCCCAGAGGCCCCAGAACCCCCUCUUCCCUUGGCACCCCCAAAACCAAGAAGCCUCACAAGUCCUCUCACCACUCCCACCAGCACAGGCCAGACGACAGGCGGCCCAGAGAGGGCCGGCGGGGCAAGCAUAAGAAGAAGGAGCGCCACGUGGAGGAGGAGGACGAUGACAACUUGUUUCUUAUCAAGCAGAGGAGAAAAAAGUCUAGACUCUGA